CACGAGGUGGAGGGUAGUGACGAGGGGACGGCGUCACUAGGAGAGUGGGGGAGGCGUGUCGGCCAGAGACGCGACCGGUGGCGGUGAUCGAUGGAGGGCGACACCGAUCGGAAGUGGGAGGGGGUGCGGUGCAACGUCAGGAUCGAGGGGGGUAGCCUUGAUCGACGAGGUGGGAGAAGGUGCACUGGGGAGGGCGUCGAGAGAUGCCCUACGCCGGAGGAAGCGCAAGGAGCAGCGCUGAGACCAGACGUACCACGGCGAGCAUGAGCUCCAAGCCAGUGGGGGAAGGGACGACACGAUGGAUGACGGCAUCGGUCAGGGAAGGGGGUUGCGACCAGGACGAGUGGCCAGCGAGGCGAGGGGAGGUGAGCCCGCAACGGACCGAUGGGAGCGGAAGGCCUGACGAGGGGUGGUACUCCCGAAGGUACACUUCCCACUGCUGCCAGGGCGGACGACCAACUAGACCACACCGGGGGACGAAGGGGAAACACACCAGAGCGGGAGGCGAGGGGUGCCACGGCGUACAGGGAGGGCCGUUCCCCGGAGUACUAGCACCACAACCGCUGCAGAGGCGCGGGCGUAGACCAAGCCUGAGGAUGCAACCCAAGCCAAGGGAGGCGGGCCCGCUAGGAGGCGGCGGAGGCAGCCGAGGGUGUGGAAGGCCCAAGGCGGCAAGGAGGGGAUGGGGCGAUCAUCGAUGGGCGACGCCCACCGUAGCCAACGACGAGCGUUUCUGGAUUAGAGAACUCCCAGAGGUUAACUAAGAGCCAGGCGUAGGGGCGCGAGCUAGGCGAGCGGGGAACCAAGGUAUAUUAGCAGGGAACAGUAACCAGUAAGUACCAACACACCUAGGCGAGCGGGGAACCAAGGAGAUCAAACCCAAAGGAUCUCCUGAUGCCCACUGCCUGUAUAUAUACUGUAGCUAUAGUAAUCAAGGGGAUAGGAGAUAACUACUACAGUCAUCAGGUCACAAGAUCGGUGAGCGAUGAUGGUGCGAUAAGGC